AUGGUUGCCAUCAAAAGCGCAAAGGGAGGCUUCCUUGGCUGGUUGUUCUCGAUCCAAGCGUCUCUGAGCCAAGACAAGACCAAUGGAAAAUCUCCUCUUGGCACCUUGAAUGCUCCCAAGCUGCCACUCUUUAUGAAUAACAACCCGCUUCCCAACGGUUUGCCCUGGGGCAAGCUUACCGCCGACGGUACCAACUACUACAAACAGUGGCCAAACACUGGCGUUACCCGCAACUACGACUUCACCAUCAGCCGCGGUGUCAUUGCUCCUGACGGCUACGAGCGCAACGUUCUGCUCGUGAACGGCGCCUUCCCCGGUCCCACCAUCGAGGCCAACUGGGGUGACUGGAUCGAGGUCAAGGUCACCAACGACAUCACUGACGGCCCGGAGGGAACCUCGCUCCAUUGGCAUGGAUUCAGACAGCAGAACACCCAGUGGGAAGACGGUGUACCGGCCAUCUCUCAGUGCCCGAUUGCUCCCGCCAAAACCUACACCUACAGGUUCCAGGCGACCCUGUACGGAACCACCUGGUAUCACUCUCACUACUCUUCUCAGUAUGCAGGUGGCUUGGUCGGACCCAUGGUUAUCUACGGCCCGGCUAAGGCUCAGCCCGAGAUUGAUCUCGGCCCUGUCAUGAUUUCGGAUUGGUACCACAAGCAAUACUUCGAUCUCAUCGAGGAAAUCUUGCAGGUCAAUGGCAGCGGCUUGGUAUUCUCGGACAACAACCUCAUCAACGGCAAGGGUAACUUCAACUGCUCCACUGUUGCUGCUGGAGACAACACCAAGUGCACCAACAACGCCGGUAUCUCCAAGUUCAAGUUCCAGACCGGAAAGACCCACCGCCUCCGUCUAAUCAACUCCGGUGCCGAGGGCACUCAGCGCUUCUCCAUCGACGGGCACACCCUCACCGUCAUCGCCAACGACUUUGUCGAGGUCGAGCCCUACGACACAAAGGUCGUCACCCUCGGUAUCGGACAGAGAACCGACAUCCUCGUCAAGGCCAACGCCGAUAACAGCAACCCCAAGGGCGCCUACUGGAUGCGCAGCAACAUCACCAGCUGCAGUCUCGCCACCCAGCCCCUCGCCCUCGCCGCCAUCUACUACGACCAGGCCGACGAGACCAAGGCGCCCACUAGCACUGCCUGGAACGUGCCUGACCCCGGCACCUGCACCAACGACGACCUCGCCCUCACCAAGCCCGUCAUGCAGCUCAAGCCCGCCAACGUCCCCGUCACCGAGACCAUGGAGAUCAAGGUUUUCCGCAACGCCUCUGGUAUUGUUCAGUGGUCGCUUGGUGGUGUUGACUUCCGCGGCGACUUCAACGACCCGACGCUCCUUCAAGCCAACAAGGGUGACCUGAAGUUCGAACCCGACUGGAACGUCCAGAACUUUGCCACCAACGGCAGCGUUCGCAUUGUCGUCAGCAACAACAGCCCUGCAGCCCAUCCCAUGCAUCUCCACGGCUUCAACAUGUACAUCCUCCACGAGGGUGACGGCCUGACCUGGGACGGAACCAUCACCAACCCCGGAAACCCCCAGCGCCGCGACGUCCAGCUGGUUCGUGCCGGCGGACACAUGGUCAUGCAGUUCGACGCCAUCGAGAACCCCGGUGUCUGGCCCUUCCACUGCCACAUUGCCUGGCACGCUUCGGCCGGUCUCUUUUCCCAGUUGCUGGUUCAGCCCCAGAAGGUCAGGCAGAUUCAAAUUCCUUCCAAGGUCAACGACGUGUGCAGGGACUGGUCUCAGUGGACCCAGGGCAACGUCCCCGAUGUCAUUGACAGCGGUGAAUAA